CUGUUUUGUUCUGGCUGGCCAUUGUCGUCACCACUCAGGCUCAUUUCAUUUUUAUAUAUAAACAUCAGAAGUGACCUUCUCCUUUUCCGUUAAUUCCUGAUUAUGAAAGUGCUGCCGAAGCGGGGGAUUUCACCUGUUACUGAGGUCUGAGCUAGUUGUGACUGUUAUUUUUGGGGGUAAAUGGUGGAAGUAGACUCGUGGAGAGACGGGCUGUCGAGUCUUCUGGACAGCUCUGACGUCCGUUAUACCGGAGAUCCGAUGGAAUCCUCCACGACACCAUUUGAGACGAGAAGAUCGGGGUAUGUGCCCCCUGAAUCGCUGACGUUGGAAUCGGAGGGAUCGGGGGAGAGCUUCAAGGAUCAGGCCAUGGGUUUUGUGAUGGCUUGGUGUGAGAUACUUAUGGAAUUUGCUAGAGGUUGUAGGGAUAUUGUGCAACAGAAUUUCUUGAACGAGAACUCGUAUGUAGUGAGAAAGCUCCAAGGGCCUUGUGCUAAGGCUUCAAAAAGUUUAAGGUUUCUGAAUGCUUUUUUGCCUGAGGAUCGGGAUCCGUUUCAAGCUUGGUCGGUCGUGUUCUUCGUUUUCAUUCUUGCACUCGCAGCUAUUAGUGUGGAUCCCAACCGUGACUCUGUAGCCCCAGUGGUAAAGGUGCGCAUGCAUCCUCCUAGUGCUAGGCGAAUACUUCUUCCUGAUGGUAGAUACAUGGCUUAUGAUGAGCAAGGUGUUCUUGCUGAUAAAGCUAGAUUUUCCCUUGUUGCUCCACACGCUUUUCUUUCUUCCAGACUGGCGGGUAUACCUGGUGCUAAAGCUUCACUGCUUGAAGAGUAUGGUAUACGUUUAGUCACAUAUGAUCUUCCUGGUUUUGGGGAGAGUGAUCCUCAUCCUAAGAGAAAUCUUAACUCCUCAGCUAUGGAUUUGCUGCAUCUAAUCAACGCUGUCAAUGUUAGUGACAAAUUCUGGGUACUGUGCCACUCAAGUGGAUGCAUUCAUGCUUGGGCUUCACUCAGAUAUAUUCCCGACAGAAUUGCAGGUGCAGCUAUGUUAGCUCCCAUGAUCAAUCCAUUUGAGCCACGUAUGAGUAAGAAUGAGAUCAAAAGAACUUGGGAGAAAUGGUUGCCAAGGAGGAAGUUCAUGUAUUCACUGGCUCGUAGAUUUCCAAAACUUCUCUCUUUUUUCUAUAGGAAAAGCUUCUUGUCAGGAAAGCAUGAUAAGAUUGAUAAGCAGUUGUCCUUUUCAUUGGGAAAGAAGGAUGAAAUUCUGAUAGAAGAGCCAGCAUUUGAAGAAUUUUGGCAACGGAACGUGGAGGAGUCAGUACGCCAGGGAAACACACAACCGUUUAUAGAGGAAGCUGUUCUGCAGGUAACAAAUUGGGGAUUUGAUUUAACGGAGCUCCAGGUGCAUAAGAAGUGCCGAACAGGAGGCUUGCUUCUUUGGUUGAAGUCUAUGUACAGUCAGGCAGAAUGUGAAUUAGCAGGAUUUCUUGGCCCUAUAAACAUAUGGCAGGGAUCGGAUGAUAGGGUGGUCCCACCAUCAAUGGCGGAAUACAUAGGACGAGUUUUGCCGGAGGCAGUCAUCCAUAAACUUCCUAAUGAAGGUCACUUGUCCUAUUUCUUUUUCUGUGAUGAAUGUCAUAGGCAGAUAGUCUCCACCCUUUUUGGAAACCCUCAAGGUCCACUUGAAAAACAAGGAGAAACUGCAAUCGUGGGAGAUUUACCAGUUUUUGCUUCGGAUAUGGAAUGACACGUGGCUACUGAUUCACGCUUCCUUAGGCUGUGAUUGUAAAUACCACAGGCUGCUCCUCUGCUUGAUGGAGCUUGAAAGACGACAAUAUUCAUUGCAAAUCCGAAAACUUUGGAUCAUAAGAGCUUCUGGAGACACAGAUAAAAGCAACAUAUCACUAAGGUUUUUUUUUUCAACUCCCAUUUCCAUAUACUACGUUGUAUCUGUUAUCUCGUUUAGGAUGUUUUUUGGUAUCAUCAUUAACUGAGCGGCAGAAUUCUGUCCAAGGGGUAACACUUAUUGUGGGGGAAUCAUUAUCCUACUUGUCAAAUUGGAUCCUCCAGCGAUGGUCGUUGCCUCUGGCGUUUAACUGCAUACUACGAAUGUUGUUGUAAAGUAUAUAAGGGUAGAACAAACGAGUUUUCCCACCCCCUAAAAUGUAAUUCCAUCUGAAUAUCUUCCUCUUUUAGCUGAAGAUUUAUGAGGAUUAUGACAUUUGUAGACUUUUGAAUUACAAUGAUCAAUAUUCACCGACAGAAAGUUUGUUA